AGCCUUAAAUGCGCUUGCGCACACAUCCUCUUCGCUCGACGAUUUUGAUCAGACAGCAUCAACAGAAAAAUCACCUCCAAGUUGCAACCCAUUACGUGGAUUACUAUAUUAAACAUGCUCCGUGCAAAAAGGACUACAAAGUCUCCAUAUGCCAGGCCCGGCCGAGCUCCAGCUGCCACCAAAAAGGCCAAAGCAUCCAGGCCUCCAAGCACCGUGACUCAACCGAACCAGGUCACCACUGCUACAAGCACCGUGACUCAACCGAACCAGGUCACUCCUGACGCCAUACCUCCAGCCUUAUCAAACCAGCCUACAACUUCCUCAGGAAUAGACAUCCCUGACCCCUUAGAGUUUGAGGCAUCGCCAACAAUGCUUUCUACAGUGGCAAAAGUUCAGGAAGCUGGCCCCCCAUGCAGACUAUUAUCCCUGCCAAGUUCCUCUGGAAUUCUGGAACCAUUUGAGCAGGAAGUAGAACAACUACUCUCAGCAUCAGUCUCUCAUAACACUCAAGAAAUAUACCAGAAAGGUCUUGACUCAUUUGCACAAUUUAAAAAAAAAUUUAACUUAACAGAAGUAUGGCCCCCUCCCAUAGACCAAUUAAUUAACUAUAUUGCUUACCUAUCCUCAAAGGGGACAACAUACUCUACAGCCAAAACCUACCUAGCUGGCUUAAGCUUCAACAUAAAACUUGGUAAUUUCCCAGACCCAUGCCAAUUUUUCAUAGUUAAGAAAAUGCUAAAUGGCUUUAAACAACUAAAACAUAGAAAAGAUUCAAGAAGCCCGAUAACAUUUCCCCUAUUAGUCAAGUUAAUAGACUCGCUGCAACAUGUGUGUCGCAAUUAUUAUGAAAAAUUACUGUUCUCCUCAGCAUAUGGGCUCGCAUUCUUUGCUUUACUUCGAGUUGGUGAAAUAACCACUACUAGGGCAAAUACCCACAGUUCCCCAUUAUCAAUAGAAAAUGUAUCAAUAUCCCAAUCAUCCAUUCAGAUCACUUUAGGGAAAACUAAAACAGAUCAGCAUGGCAAGGGCACAACAAUGCACAUUAACAGUACAAAGCACAAUCAAGUCCUAUUCCACAACGUUCUAGAGUACGCGACCCAUAGACCAUCACAAACUCAAACAUCACAGUUUCUGUGCCACAUGGAUGGCUCACCCUUGACUUACUAUCAAUUCAAUCAAAUACUAAAGAAAGCUCUAUCAUUCCUCAAACUUGAUAUAUCAACAUUCAAAUCCCAUUCAUUUCGCAUAGGGGCUGCAACUUCAUUGUAUAUGCAAGGUACUCCAGAGCAAGAAAUCAAAACCAUGGGUAGAUGGAAAUCCAACGCUUUUAAGUCAUAUGUUCGCCCUAAUACUGUAGUCUUGUAGAUAGUCAGUCUUACUAACUGUAAGCUAAGUUUGCAGGAACUCGCUGCAAAGUAUGGAUUGUUGGAUCUUCCAUCAUCAGACGAGCUGAAGAUUACUGCACACGUUCACCAAUUGGCCAAAACUUGUCUCUGGAGCACUUAAACAUAGAUGUAACCUGGUCCGGAUCUGGGGGACUAAAAUGGGAGCAACUUGAUCAACACAUUGCUAGUUUGUUAAAUCGCCAUAAUGAAAUCAUUCCUCAAGUUCUAAUAGUUCACUGCGGUGGCAACAGU